CUAGUGAUGACUUACUCAUAUCACGUGACCAAACAAGGAAGUGACUAAGCGACUCCCAUUAAAUUUAAAUGAACUUAUGCCACGCAACUUUUCCGAAGUGAAAGUGAAAGUCUGAAACUGCCGAAAGUGAUUAAGUUUUAGUUUUAAAGUUGAAGCUCUCAAUUAAUUAUGAUUUAUUAUCAUUUUUUUUAAAACAGGCCAAUCCGAAACGGCAACGUUAUUUUACUCAGUCGAAUUUAAACAGAAUAUGAAUUUUAGACGCACUGAAUUAACACCAGCAGAACUAAAACUAAGUAUAUAUAAAAACGAUGAUGCACAUGGAUGAUUCCUUCGAGAAGAGCCAAACAAUUUUUUUAAUCAAGUGCAUCAAAAUUCAAAUUCUUGUCUCAUAUUUAAUUUAACAACCUUUGCUUGUUGCUUGCUUACUUUAAAUUGAUCAAAACAAUACAAACACAUCUUUUACCCCUUUUUAAAUUCCUUUGAACAAAUCAACGAUGAAAACAAGUACUAUGAUAAUGCAUCUUGUUCCCUUUUGAUAACUUUUACUGAUGAUAAUCAGCUGGUCAUCACAGAAGGUACCAAAGUCUUGGUAAGUCAUGUAAAAACUCAAAUUGGUAGGCUAUAUAUAUAUAUGUAAUUUAACUACUCUUCCUUGAUACUAACUAUUUUGACUAGUUUUGCACAUAAUUAACACCCAAUAGUCAAUAUCAAUAGGGUACCAAAGAUGAUGAUUCAUGAUGGCUUUACUUUAAGUUGAAAACAAAGCAAUUAUGCUAGAUAUACCACUGGCCACAAGAGCAGCAUUAUAAAAGCUCAUAUGUGGCUCAAACUAUAAAGUCAUUAAUGCAGGUCUGCCAUUGCUGACUCAUGAUGAUUUGAAGCUGGGUAUAGGCCUACAGAAUAACCAAAUAAAACACAUCAAAAUAGGUAAGAAAAGGUUAUAAAAAACUGCAAGAAGAAGCUGAAUGAAAAGAUUAUCAUCCCUUUGGCUAGCUUCUUGAAACAUAUUUUUGGGCACAAAGCUGUUUCCAGAUCUUGCAUCUUAACUAAAAAAUAAAUAAAAUAAAAAAAAUAAAAAAUUUAUUAUGGAGAUAAUUAAUUGUAUUUAAUUUAGUUUGUAGCAAAAUUAAAAUUAUUGUCUCAAAUGGGAGAAUUUCUAUGUUAAUUUUUUUUUUUAGCAAUGCUGUUUUUCAUUCAUGUAAUAAGAAAUACUUUUUAUAAUUAAGAUCGGUACCAUCAAAGUCUAAACGUUUGUUUCAAAAAAUAUUCUUCCCCUUUACCUACUUAGGAAUGCCACUGUCUCAAUUCUGCAAGAUCAUGGAUGCGGGGAUUGAGUCGCACUGACAGUCUUUUAUUCUUGUACAAGAUAAAGGUAAAAAAAAAACCUAACUGGUGGUAUUAAAAAAUUAGUUUUAAUUAUUUAAAUCUAGAAAUUACUUUCAGUGUCUAGAAUGUCUGGUAAAUAUCACCUACUGCUUUGAAAAUUAUAUUUUAUUUUAUUGUGAACUGUUUGGAUUCCGUAGAGAUACAUUUUUUUUUAAUUCACAGAAAACAUUAUUUGAACUAGAAAUGAACUUGCUCCUAUUUAUUCCAAAUGUUACUUAUCUCUGCUUCAUUGACAUGAUUAAUUGCUAUGUAUAUUUUAUAAUCUAUACAACUCCCUGUUUGCUCCACUCUUAUAAAAAUGCCACUUUGAGAUGUACCAUCUAUUUGAAUUACUAGCACACCAGUAAAUUAAUUGAAUGGACCCAUGUAAGUGUAAGGGUAGUUACAUAUUGUUUGUAUGUCUACAUUGUCUUACAUUUAUUCCUUAGAAUGAAACCAGAAGGUUCAGAGUUCGAUUCUGCCAGCAAAACGAUGCCAGUGGAAUUAAGAUUUGUGAAGAUGUAAUCAGGGUACUGUCAAGUUUUAUUACAAUAAAAAUGAGUACAAUGGAAAAUAAACAAAAUGUGGAAGAUUCAGUCAAGAAUAACAAAGAGGUAUGCUAUGAAAAAAAUACAACGUAGGCCUGUUUUGUCUUAGUAUUUACAUGUUGGUGGUAUGCAUAUAGUAAAUUAUAUCUUAAGUUGAAUUGUUUACUCAAUAUGUUAAAACAAGUCUGAUACCUAUGUCAUAUUACCGUUUUUUCAACUUAAUUUUAAAAGAGUUCAUUGGGCAUGAAUAAUGCUGGAGCAACUAGUAAUAUAAAUAUCACUGGAGAAAUUACAAUUGGCGUCAUGGCUAAGGUAUGUAUCGCAAUAACUUAAAAAUCAGCUGUGUUAAAAGUUUUACAUAUUUUAACAAAUUGACAAACAUGUGCCAUAGAGUAUGUAUAGUAAUUUUAAUAUCAACCUGAUCCCUAAAAGUGUCAUUUCAAUAAAAACCAACAAAGAAAGCCAUGUCUGUUCUAAUUAUUUUAUAUUAUGAUAUGUCUUACACACAUUAGCAUUGCAAGGGUUAAUUUAAAUUAUAUCUUUAAGUAUUCACAACUGAAUAAUGAACUAAUAUUUACAUAUGGUUUGGUCAAGAUGAUGCAUGAAAAAUUAAAAAUUUUAACUAUUAAUAUUUUUGAUGUCAGAUGGGUGUAACCAACAUUAAAAUGGGUUUUUGAUGACAUUAUAAUUAUUAAAUCUGACAGAAUCAGUUUACCAUGUAAUAAGAUUUUGUUUUUGAAAAAGAUGUUUUCUUGUCACAGGCUGUCCUGAACAAACAUCAACUUCCCCUUGCCUACUACCAAUGCCAGCCUGAUCCAGAAACCAUUUCAGUAUUCCUACGUACAUGCUUGGCUGACCCCACAUUCCCCAAAUUUGUUGAAGCUGUUGAAGAUGGCAUUAAGGCAUUAAUUGAAGACUCUUCAGAGAAAGCCUAGCUGCUUUUGUUGUUUAAUCUACUCUGUUAAAUAUUUCACUGUGGCAGACCUGAGAGGGGUAGGGAUAUCUGGACGUAAACAGUGACAUGGUUAGGGCUAUUUGAAUCACAUCCAACAUUUUUUAAACUAGGGGAAUGGGAAGAUUGUAAAGACAUAUUUCCUAGAUUAGGGAAAACUUAUAGUGGAACUGUAACUAUAACCUAAACUUCAACCUGCUGUGAAACACAAUGGGCAUUACAUGAAUAUUUCCUAAUACUGUAUAUUACUGAAAUAUUAAAUGUAAGAAGUCACCAUAUGGUAUUAUAUUUAGCUUAAUUAAUUUUAGAGUUGAUUGUUAUUCUAUUUUACCUUUAUUUAUACUCUAACCUCUUUAAGCAGGCAUUUGUUGACAAUAGUUGUGCAUUUAUUGUCAUUGUUUAUGUAAUGUUAGUGUUAAUUAAAGGACAUGCAUCAUUGGUUUUUUCUCAUUAAGUAUUAAGAUUUAACUGUUGUACUAAACAGUUCAUUUUAAAACAAAUGUGUCAAAACAAAAGAUAUUGGAGGCAAUCCAUGCUCAAAGACCACCUGCCACCCUGGCCCAAGGCUGCAAGAUUUGAUUAAAAUUACAUUUUAUUAAAGUUUCAAAAAAUUCUAAUAUGGUUUGUAUGAUAUAUGAACAGUAAUUUAAUUUAGAAAAUUAUUUUGACAUCCUGACUUUAAAUAUAAUCUUUGUGCCGGCUGUUCAAUAAAAUAAAAAUUUGGAUGAAUGACAUAGCUCUAUGUUGGCAAAUUGUUUUCAAUACCCCCCAUUUUACAAACCUAUUGCACAAUAUAGACACCCUCAUUAUACAGUCACACAUUUGUGACCCUCUGCCCCUAGAUGCGUCACUUCAUUUUUGGAUGGACCCUUACCAUUUAUAAAUAGAAAGAAUUCUUCUUCUGUUGAAUAAUACUAUUAUAGCCCACAGGAUGGAAAACAGACAUGUAUUAUAAUCUUAUAGUAUUAAUGACUUGCAAAGAAAAAAAUUGAAUAACAACAUUAAUGAGCUGCCCCUUUGUUCUAAAUUAUUUUAAUAACUUUAGCAUAAUAUGAAUACAUAUUUGAAUAAAUGUUCAACAAAUUCUAAUCAGGGGAAAUAAAUGUUUAUUAUUUAGUAUAAAUAAAUUUGAUUUCAUCCAAAUAUGUUUAAAGAAGCAUCCAUUACAUUGCUUUUUUAAGUGAAGGAAAACAAACAUGUUUAAUUAAAUAUCAACAGCCACAUAUUUUUAAUAUAGUCUUUUGUGAUAAUUAAACUCAUUCUAGUUUAAUUAGUUCAAACAUGCCAUUUAAAACUAGACAGAGCCUCCGGCUCAAAGAAAUUUUCUACAUAAAACAAUAAUAACAUUAAAUUAUGGAAAGUAAUAAAUGUAUUGGCAAAGAAAAGAUACUCAAAGGUAACUCCACCUUUACAAUAACCUUCCCCUGUCUUGCUGCAGAAUUAAGUAAAAGUUGUUUUAAUUUAUAUGCAGGUAUGAAAAGGUAAGAAUACCUUGAAAAGGUGAUUCAUUUACUACUUCAAGAACAUCAUUC